GUCGGGAACCAUGGAUUUAGCGAUAUUUUCUUUGUUGGCACGUUUUCUUUCCCAGCAUUAUUAUUAAAUUAAAUUACCAGCAUUAUUAUUAAAUUAUUUAUUUCUUGGAUACUCAUAUCCAUUACUUGUUUGCCGGUGAAUGGCGAUCGUCGAUUCAUUAUAUUUACAAUGAAACCCUAGUUCAAUCAUUUCCUUUCUUUUAUGGCGUCAAACCCUUGAAUCACUUUCUCAAUGCUUGGCUGAAGUUUUGACAGGAAACGAAAAAUAGCUCAAUUUAAUCGCAGAGUCCGGCUUCCAUCCAGUUUUCAUUUAUCUCUUUUGGUUAUUCGAAAUUGAUUGUUGAAAAAAAAAAAACUGGUAUUUGAGUUCCUUAGGUUUUUUUGUAGGGUGUACCUUUUUCUUUGAGGAGAGAUACAGCUAGAAAUCUGUGAAGAUGAUGUCGAGAUCUUAUACUAAUCUAUUAGAUUUAGCAUCUGGGAAUUUCCCCGUAAUGGGUCGGGAGAAGGAGCGCAAACGUUUCCCCAGGAUAAUGACAGUCCCUGGAAAUAUUGUUGAGCUUGAUGAUGAGCAAGCUAACAGUGUUACAUCCGAGAACCCAUCUUCAGUAGCAGGUGACCGAAUGAUCAUUGUUGCAAACCUUCUGCCUUUGAAAGCAAAACGAAGGCCGGACAAUAAAGGUUGGAGUUUUAGUUGGAAUGAGGAUUCUUUACUUUUACGGGUUAAGGACGGCUUACCGGAGGACAUGGAAGUUCUUUAUGUUGGGUCACUACCUGUUGAUGUCGAUCCUAUUGAACAGGAUGAUGUGGCCAAUUAUCUACUUGAGAAAUUUAAAUGUGUCCCUGCUUUCUUGCCGCCUAAUCUUUUGGAAAAAUAUUAUCAUGGGUUUUGCAAGAAGCAGUUGUGGCCACUUUUUCAUUACAUGUUGCCAUUUUCGGUUGAUCAUGGAGGUAGAUUUGACCGGUCCAUGUGGGAAGCCUAUGUGUCUGCCAAUAAGAUGUUCUCGCAGAAAGUAAUUGAGGUGCUUAAUCCUGAGGACGAUUUUGUUUGGAUUCAUGACUAUCAUCUGAUGGUUUUGCCCACGAUUCUGAGGAGACGUUUUGUUCGGUUGAGGAUGGGAUUUUUCCUCCACAGUCCAUUCCCUUCCUCUGAGAUUUACAGAUCACUUCCUGUCAGAGAAGAAAUUCUCAAAGCCCUGCUCAAUUCUGACCUCAUUGGUUUCCACACCUUUGAUUAUGCACGACACUUCCUUUCCUGCUGCAGUCGAAUGUUGGGCUUAGAGUAUCAGUCAAAAAGGGGAUACAUUGGGCUGGAAUAUUAUGGGAGGACAGUGGGGAUAAAGAUAAUGCCUGUUGGGAUACAUAUGGGACAUAUCGAAUCUGUGAUUAGGCAAGCAGAUAAAGAGCUGAAGGUUGAUGAGCUUAACAGGCAGUUUGAAGGUAAGAUGGUGUUACUUGGAGUUGACGAUAUGGACAUAUUCAAAGGCAUCAACUUGAAACUCUUAGCUUUCGAGAACAUGCUCAGGCAGCACCCUAAUUGGCAGGGAAGGGCUGUGCUGGUGCAAAUUGCUAAUCCUUCUAGAGGGGAAGGGAUAGAAUUGGAGGAAAUACUGGCUGAAAUAGAGGAGACGUGCAAGAGAGUUAAUAAAGAAUUCGGGCGAUCUGGGUAUGAGCCUAUAGUUUUUAUCCACCGUCCUAUAUCAAUCAGUGAGAGAAUGGCUUAUUACACGAUUGCUGAGUGUGUUGUGGUGACAGCAGUUAGGGACGGGAUGAAUCUGACUCCUUAUGAGUACAUCAUAUGCAGAGAAGGUGUAUCUGGUGCCAAUACAGGGUUGAGUUUGGUUGGGCCCAAGAAGAGCAUGCUAGUUGUGUCUGAAUUCAUUGGGUGCUCUCCUUCCCUGAGUGGCGCAAUUCGUGUUAACCCUUGGAAUGUGGAAUCGACUGCUGAGGCUAUGAAUGAGUCGAUAUCGAUGGCCGAGUCAGAGAAGGAGCUGCGACAUGAGAAGCACUACCGUUACGUGAGCACGCAUGAUGUAGCCUUUUGGUCUAGAAGCUUCCUACAGGAUAUGGAGAGAACGUGUGCCGAUCAUUUCAGGAAAAGGUGCUGGGGCAUUGGUCUGGGCUUUGGAUUUCGUGUUGUGGCUCUCGAUCCUAAUUUUAGAAAGCUAUCCAUAGAUGAUAUUGUGGCGGCUUACUGUAGGUCCAAGAGCAGGGCUAUUCUGUUGGAUUAUGAUGGCACUUUGAUGCCUCAGAAUCAAAUUGUUAAGACCCCAGGUCCUCAAGUUCUGUCUCUCUUGAAUCGUCUAUGUGGGGAUCCCAAAAAUAUAGUUUUUAUGGUGAGUGGAAGAGGGAGGGAUAGCUUAAACAGUUGGUUUCUUCCUUGUAAGAACUUGGGCCUUGCUGCUGAACAUGGUUACUUUUUAAGGACAAAGGACGUGUGGAACAGCUUGAGAACUCAUUUUCAAAAUUUUUAUGCCCUACCAAAGGGCCAUUUAAAUGAUGUGUGGUUUCUGAAGGAUGGCUGUACAGCAUGCAUUAAUCUGGAGGAGUUUUGAUGAUACAAAGGUGACAAAAUGCUAUUGUGUGCUCUCAACUUUUAUAUCUUCUUUAUUCGCAAUGUGAAAGUGCAAAUAAACCAAAACAUGUGAUGGAUUUGGGCUGAGGAGUAUUCUAAUGCACAACAGUAUUCCAUUGUAGAAUGGUCCUUGGCCCAAUUUGUUUGUAAGAAGUGGAGUGUGUAGACGGCACGCCUUUCACUUUGGUUUAGUUCUUGUGUACAGGUUGUUAAGAGGUGUUGUCUCAGUUUGUUUAUUUUUUCCCGAUUUAAAUUUAUGUGAAUAUGGAUUUAUUAUAAUUUGUCUGACUGAUGGGUGCUCUUAUUGCAUGUGACAAGUGAUUUUAAUUCACACCUUGGUUGUUUCCAGUUGUUGGCAUAUUGGCAUUUGUCUUGUUUUAUUUAGUUGUUAGGCUGAAUGUUAAGUCUGUUGGAUUGAUAUUAUUUAUGCGGAAAUCUUUGAAUCGUAAAUGUUUGGAGGUUGA